CGUGCACACAUGUAUCCAUACGCGCCAUUUUAUUUGAUGCUGUUGUGGUUAACGGUAGUGAAACGAGUGAAACAGCCAUGACCAAGAAGAAAUCGCACAAACAGACGCAGAAGAUUAAUUUAAUCUUCGACGAGAAAGACAGAAAAGACUUCCUGACGGGCUUUUCAAAGCGCAAAACGGAACGCAAAAAGAAAGCACGCGAUAAAAUAAUGUUACGAGCUAAAGAGGAGAAACGGAUUCUGAAAGCUCAAAAACGGAAAAUACUGCAGGAGCUUCUCCAUGGGCACGUCGACCCUCUUCCAGAUGCAACUACGAAAGAGGUGACGGCGGUCGAGGAGCCCGUUACAUAUGACAUGCCGGAGCAUACAGUAACGGUCACGGCUCUUGACAGCAACGCACUUUAUGGGGACGUAUGCGUCGGAAACAACACAUUUGAUGAACUAGACACAGUCAUUGCCGAUGCUGGAGAAAUUGAUGCCAAGAAAAACAAGAUACGAGAGCUGGAGCAGAAGAUGGCUGAGUGCAGUCAAGCUGCCAUUGACAAGCUGCACAAAAAGAAGAAUAGGUCGAGGAGGAGAAAGUCUAAAAAAAAGGAUGACUGACAGAGCAAAGAAUGUGACACUCGUGAAAUGUAUUAAAGUUGUAUUUAAUGUUUUGCAA